AUGAGGGUCAGCGAAGCGGCGCAGCAGGGCCGUCCCAAGGGCGCCGAGCGGCUUCAUAUUGCUUUCCAUCGCCUGUUCACAGAUUAUGACAAUGGCUCUGGGAUAAGUAGCACCGCGGCGGGCACUUCCGCGCAGGCAGUUCCAUUCACGCCAUCCUUGGCCAAGUCCUCCACUUUAGGAAUGCGAGCAUCCGCUUCAGUAUCGCCGUCUCGGCAGCGCAGGGCGCAGCAACGGCGUCAGCAGCCCCAGCAUCAGGCAACGAAAGCUGUCAGCGCUAAGCCUUCCCCCAUAAAGGGAACACCCGUUGGCAACACCACAUCCGCUGUCAUCUCGGCGCUUGCCAUGGAUGCCGCAUUGCCCGACCUGGACGCCACCGCCAGGGCGCUCCUGGAAUCCAUCAUGGGUAACUGCUCUUCCUCCUGUCCAUCACCAUCCCUGGAGUAUAUGGGCCCCUCGUCCGUCAACCCCGGAAAGACGCCCGCGUCGGCGCUGGCUCGUUCCCCGCUCGGACCCACAGCGAGGAUUUCCGCCUCGGCUUCCCCUCACACCGUGGCCGGAGAUAGCGUCAAAACGGCAUCGCUGACGCAGCAUCAUCAUCAGCGUGCGCAGGCCUUGCGACAGCAGUAUCACCAGCAACAAGCGCUUGGCAGUGGGCCGUAUGCCGCAGCCAUGGGAGGCGCGGAAGCGGUUCCCAUGGCCGCCAAUGGUGGCCACGAGGGCUGCAGGCCCCGCAACUCAAGAGCAUACUCGCAGUCACCGCCGCUAGCAUAUCAUCAUCAGCAACAACGGUACCCGCAUUCGCAGCCAUGGCUGCAGUCCUCUAAGCCGUGUCAUGACAUGCCCACGCAACUUGAGGCCCAAGCUCAGGCUCAGUUUGGCACCGGCGCGGCCCCUAGCUGCUGGAUGGAAGGCACGGGUGGUGCGGCCGCCCUCAAGGUCAAGACACCGACCUCGCAGUCGACUCAUGCGGAGCACUUCAAUUCGCUACCACCGCAGCUGCAGGAGCUGCUGCGCCCGCCGACACAGCCCCAGCAGCCGGGCCCACAGUUCGGUUUGUCCAUGCCUUCGGAGAACUCGUUUCUCACGAGCGGCGAGCUGGGGGCGGACGCGAAGGCGCAUCCUGGCGAGGAGUCUCUGCAAGCUCGCACCAGCCGCCUGCUGCAGUGUCCCAGCGAUAGUUCGCCUGCUCGCCGGCCGCUCGGCAGCCUCAGCGCCAUUAACAUCCAGCAGUCCGCCACGGCAGCGGCGGCCGCUGUGGCCGCCAGUGGCGGCACCACCAUCGGCGCCGGCACCGCGCCCGCGUCCCCCGGCAGUCGCACCCUCGUCAAGCGGCUGUGUCGUUCACACGCCGCAGGUAGCAUGUCCUCUAAGCUCCUUAAGUCCCCGAAAGACGAUUCGCGGCGGCCCAUGACCUACGCCGAACUGCAAAGCGCGUCAAAGGUGCACCAGAACAUCAACAUCACCAACAGCAAUGACCAAACCUCUUCGCUGCAGCAGCACAACGAGCAGGAGCCCCUACAAGGGCUGCAGGCGUCGCUGUCGCCAACUUUUGCGGCUGCCCUCGGCCGCAAAACCCAAGGCGGCGGCCCCGGCAAAGCCACCGCCACAGCUGCGGCGAACAGCACGGACGACCGGGGUGACGCACUUGUUGACCAGGACAAUGCCGCGGCCAAGGCUGAGGACGUCUGCCCAUCGGGGCCCGAUUGCGCGAAGGCGGACAGGCUGUCCUCGUCUUCGGCGUCCGGGCCUGCGCGCGUGACUCCUUUCGGUCACAACAGCCCUGGGCGUUUCAACGUUGCCGCCAGCCUCGUACUUCCAGAGACCAUAACAGAGCGGGGCUCCACCUCAGCGAUUUCAGACUCCAAGACGCCAACCGACCUACAGCAACCACUGGUGCAGCCGCUGCAGAAGGAGGUAGAAACAGAGGAGCCAGGGAUAGCAGGCGCUGCGUUUGGCGAUGCAGCACAUACCCCGGACCAGCCAAAGACAACCCCUAGGCGUGGCGGCGGAUUCUUUGGCGGCCUGUUUGCUUGCUUUGGGAAGAAAGCGAGCGGCUCUGAGAAUGUCAAGAUCAGCAGCAGAUCGCAACCACCGCCGCCGCCUCCGUCAGCGCGGGCCAGGGGGUGGCCCGCGGCAGAACCCGUCGCUGCUCCCAGCGACGCGCAGCCGGCGCGGCCUAAAUCCGAAGCCACUGGGCCAGUGGAGGCUGCAGUUGCACAAUUGCUGCCGCCGGCGACGCCACCACUGGGGCCGAAAUUGGAUGCUCUUGAGGCCGCGGAGCCGCAACAGAUCGGCAUAUCAUUGCAGACCGACGACGCAACCAUCAUCCCUCCUGCACCGACGGCAACUGUCGCGGCUGUUGCAGCUGCGUUGUGCAUGUCUCCGACAUCGGCAGCAGCACACGUGGGUGCCGACAGCCGACUACUAAUGCUCCUGGAGGCCGAGCUGGCGCGGCUAGAGCCUACGGCGUCCGCAGGAGGGACGCCGUCAGGCGGCAGCCCUGCCAACCGUGCCACCAAUUCUGGUGCGCGUGGCAGCCCAAAGGGCAUCCUUCAAAGUGCUCAGCAGCAGCGAUCACCACUGGCGGGAGGCGUGUCUGACGGUACGUCGCAUGCGUCCGCCGUUAAUCGCGAUGGACAGCAGCAGGGAAACCCACAAGCCACAUCGCCGGCGCCAGUCCAGGCUUUGAAAUCCAAGAGCGCGGCGUUGUCGGGCUUCGGCAGCCCCGACGCGCUGGCCAGCGCCACCCGCAAACCCCGCGGUCCUGUGGAUCAACACCACCUGCGCUAUGAGGACGGCGACUCGGUGCUCCGCGGCAGCGUUGACUUCCGCGCCUCCACCGCUGCCGUUGCCACCACCUCUUUCUCUUCAGCCGUGCCAACUUCCCGGCCACGGGCUGUCUCCGCCUUGACGGCAACCGGCUGCUCAGCGCCACGCGGUCCCCGCCAGCCACCGCAUGUGUCCAUGGAUGCGGCCGCUGCCGUAGGCACAAGCGGAGGCGGCCGGCGCAAUGGUGACGACAGGAGCAGCAAUGGUGCAGCCCGCCAUGCUUUCCUGGAGCCCCCGGAGUUGAGCAGCUGUGGUGCAUCGGCGACGGAUACACCCUCGCCACCGCAACGGCAGCAGUGUAGUUCCGGAUUGGACCCCGGCCCGUCGACGCAGACACAGACGCCACCGGGCUCCAAUCAGCAUGGGAAUCUCCAGGGCCUGGUCAUGCAGCAUCUGGUCAGUGGUGAUGCAGGUGCGCCCAACUCCGGGAAAGGCACGCCUGAUGGCGCAACCGCCGUUCCUGGACUACGGUUGUCUGGGCUGAAUGCGUCAAUUACGUCCAGCAUACAACAGGCGCCACGCAGCAGCCGCAAGCGCAGCCGCGCAACGCACGCGAGCUUUGGCGGCGGUGCAUUGUCGCAGCUGGACGCGCGGAAGCUCGCGGCUAUGCCCCUCGAAGAGAUGCUCGAGCGGAUCCAGGCCGCUAUCGUGGCGGAGGACCUGGCAGCAGGUCGCACAAUCCAGCAAGAUGGCACUAGCAUUGGAUUGUCGGAUGGCGGCGCGAUCCUGCCGAUGCCGCCAGUGGUGGCUAAGGCGCGGUUGGGCCAGCUUCGGCGGCGCAAGUCCACCGCCGGGGGCCGUGUGGGGGGUGCCGGGCUCCACAGCGGCGGCGGCGGCGGUGGCAACCCAUCGCGUGGAGGACGCAGCAGCGACGGAGGCACGCGAGGCGGCGCUACAGGUGUUGGCGUGCAGGCGACGUUAAUGAAGGCUGCCGCGGUGGCGGCAGGUGCCGGCCGCCGCCGCCGGCGCGUUAAAAAUCGUUCGCCAACAGCUGCACGCAGGAGACAAAUGCAGGCGCAGAACGCCAUCCCACCGACAAUGUCAUUCACGUACGUUUAUGGCAAUCAGCCGUUAGCACCGGUUUCGCCUAACGGCCGCAAGAGCGACGGCGCCGGAACCUAUGGCCAGCCCGUAUGGCGCCACGGUGGCCGUGCGCUUGCAUUCAGCGGGUUCGGCUUUGCCGGCAGCACUUCUGGCGCCACCACCUCUCCUCGCUCCAGCUGCUAUGACCCUACCUUUACGCGGGCGCCACCGUACAAGAAGCCUCCUAUGAGCACACCCGGUGCACCGUCAUCGUCGUCAGUACCACUAGGCUUCGGAGCUACCACCUUUCACGGCCCCGGCACUGGUGGCGGCGCUGGCGGCAGCCCGCCUCGACUGCGUCCGUCUGCACCGUCGGCGCCUACACCGCUUAUGAUUGCCGUUACCAAGAGCCCGAUGCUGUCUAAGACGCCGAGCAGUGGAAACGCCAACGUGCGCACCUCCCAGAAGGCCCUUGACGGUGAUGAUGCCACGGCGUUACGUUCCGCGUUGCUGACAUCAUCCAGCGGUCCCAAGGGUGCAAUGUUAGUAGCAAGCACCGCUGGCGCCCCCAAGAAACCCAACGCCGCUGCGCCCGUCACCAGCUCCCUGAACAUCUCGGACCUGUUAUCGCGUUACAAUAUCCACAGCCUAGCCAUGUCGGCUGGUGGCGCACUGCAGGCGGCCUCAUCUGGGAAUCGGUUGGAUGCAGGCCGUGGUUCGCCAGCCGUCUUUGGGCAUGUGAAAAGCUUCCCAGGCAGCCAACAGCAACAGCGGCAGCAACUGGAUCGGGACAGCGACUGUGCUGCCUGUCGCGGCGCCACCACGGGAGGUGGCCUUCAAACGGCGUCACCUGCAGCCGCCACGGCCGCAGAGCCCAUGUGUUCACCGCCUCAAUCCGCCGAGGGAUCUGAGAGGACGACGCCAGUGACCAGGCGGUCACAUGAGGGGCUCGCCGAGGAUGAUGGCUUGCUCGGCGGGGACGACUCAGUCACAAACAAGCCGCGGAUUGCGUCGGUCAGCCUGACGGAGCUUUUCCAGCAAGCGUCGGGACUGGAAAAGGACCGCCGGUCGUUGUUAGGCUGCGGUAGUGGCAGGGGCAGCACUGGCGGCAACCACGUCCCAGAGGCCACCGAAGAGGAGAUGGCGGACAUGGUGACGGCUGCUCCGGAGCGGGCCCCUCUCGACACCAUUGCAGAAACAUUAUCAGCAUCACAGGCUCCUCCAGUCGCUGCCGCUGCUACGAUUUCUUCUAGCUCUAGCAUCGUUAGCUCACCCAGCAUUCUACGCAGGUACGAGCAGCGCACGUCGAAGGUUGCAGCUUUGCAGCGUCCUUUAGUCGGCACCAGUCCUUCCGGCGGCGGCUUUGAAGAGCAGUCGUCAGAGUCGGCACGUGGCCCCGCGGGGUAUCUGGAAUUGCUCCAAGUUUACGGUCAGGCCAGUAGCGCACGUGCUGUGGCUCUGCCGCAUUACGCAAUGCCGAUCAUGUCCAGGGCAACGAGCGCUGGCGGCGGCGGCGGCAGGACGUCGUUGACAGCAGAAACUACCAGUGUUGAGAGUCCCGCUCGUUCGCCGGUAGGCCGGCCGUCAGCGCUCAGCGCCGGAGGACGGUCGUCGCAGGUGAUGGGCAGCUACGCCCAGAUAGCAGUCCUGCGCUCCCUUACCUCGGGCGCCUCCCGCAUCAUAAGCACCAUAGCCGGGAAGGCACCGCAGCAGCCAGCAGGGCUACCGGUUCCUAAUGACGUCGCCAAAGCCCCAGCGACCGCUCGAAUGUUUCACGGAAUCGCCCUCCCAGAUGCAGCCAGCGCCACUGGCAGCCCGACCUUUGGGUUGCCGGAGACGCUGCCUUCCCCCAGCACCUCCAGCGUAGUGGCCCAGAUGCCAAGCGCUAUGAACACAUCUGACUCCGAUGGCUUGACGUCCACGGCGGCUGUGCGCAGCUGUGGUGUACGGCAGCUCGAGGAUACUGCCGACAGCGGGGUGGCCGGCUCUAGGCAGUCACAGCGCAGGCUGAAGGCAGUGACUGGUGCCAGUGCCGGUGACGUAAUGGCACGUGGCGGCUCUGGCCGCCUGGAGCAAAUACCCCGCGGAGAGGAGGCGGCAGAUGGGGAGGAAGUGGUCACGGCCCCUGCUGCCGGCACCGGCAGCGAACUAUUAACAGAUCAGAGCGAACAGGAGGUAGCAGCGAAAGUCGCGGAGGAGGAGGUGAUAAUGGCCAAUGACAGCGGCGAAUCCGGUAGCCUGGCGCCAGAGCAGUACGAGGGGAUGAAGGCAACGAAGCACGCCGAGGAGGUUGAGGUGGUCACGGUCCUUUCUGGCACAUCUAGCGACCUGACACAAGGCCAGAGCGAUCAGGACGCAGCAGCUCAGGUCGCAGGGUGCAAGAUGGUGACGGUCCAUGGCGCCUGUAGCUCCUGCAGCUCGCUGCCAGGUCCAGUCGAACACGAGGCAAGGGUCAGUGAGGCAGAGAGGGCUGCUGAGGGUAUGAAAGAGGAGGCGGAAGGGAGAGAGGACAGCAGGGCUACGGCAGAUACAAACCUGCUCAAAGCAGCUGCGGGGUCACAGCCUAUCUCUGGAACGGAAAUGGCGGCUGUGCCGCCAACUUCACUGCAACUUGAGCAGCAGGUGGCUGGUCGGGUCUCGCCGCUGCAGCUGGAGCUGCCCUCCACACCUCGGUCGUCUGACUCACCCUUUGCGGAUUGGCGGUGCGUGCCCUUGGAAGCGUACGAUGCGGCGCUCGAAGGUUACGACAGCUUCUUGGUCGCACCUACAACGUCAGGCGGAAAGCACAUGAAUGAGUAG